CACGUAAUCUACGACAGUUUGCGGCAGUGGCUGGAGACCAGUGGAAAGGAAGUGAACGAAUUAUUUAGUGAAUUGAGGUUGUUCGUUCAGUUGUUUCUCCAUGCGCUUAACUUUUUUCAUUAUCACAUUUUACACUGAGUGUCAACAGGACAGCCUUGGAUACAUUUCCGACAGAAAACUCUAGAGCAGGGGCAGUUUCUGACAGCGAGAGAGAAGCAGUAACCGGGCAAUGCUGCUCACCGUGUUUUGUGCACCGAGAGACCGCUCGGAAACCACUUUCGCCCUGGACGUGUCCCCGGAGCUUGAACUCAGGGAUUUCUUGGCUCUUUGCGAACUAGAAUCAGGAAUACCAGCCGGGGAAAUUCAGAUCAUAUAUGCAGAGCAGCCUUUACAAGACCCCACCCGGGCCCUGGGGAACUAUGGCCUGAAAGAUGGAGAUGUGCUGGUGUUAAGACAAGCAGAGAGGUUACGAGCACCACCACAGCCCACAGUUCCAGGCCUGCCUCGCAUCGACUUCAGUUCCAUUGCUGUUCCUGGGACGUCCUCAGGCCAAAACAGAAACAGACCGCAACAAGCCCAGCGUCCCAGUACAACCCAGCCACCACCACCCCAAGCCACCACUUCUCCAGGUUCAGGCGUUUCUCCUCAGGGAUUGGACAACCCUGCCUUGCUACGAGACAUGUUAUUGGCAAAUCCACAUGAGCUGUCGCUUCUGAAGGAGCGCAACCCUCCACUUGCUGAAGCUCUGCUGAGUGGAGAUCUUGAGCGCUUCACUAAGGUGCUAAUGGAGCAGCAGCAGGACCGGGCACGGAGAGAUCAGGAGAGAAUCAAACUGCUGACUGCAGAUCCUUUUGACUUGGACGCUCAGGCCAAGAUUGAGGAGGAAAUCAGACAGCACAACAUUGAGGAGAAUAUGACCAUUGCUAUGGAAGAAGCACCUGAAAGUUUUGGCCAGGUUGUGAUGCUCUACAUCAACUGCAAAGUCAAUGGACAUCCAGUAAAGGCCUUUGUUGACUCGGGUGCCCAGAUGACAAUAAUGAGCCAAGCAUGUGCAGAGCGAUGUAAUAUCAUGCGCCUAGUGGACAGACGCUGGGCAGGCAUUGCCAAAGGUGUUGGCACCCAGAAAAUCAUUGGCCGAGUUCACUUGGCCCAGGUGCAGAUUGAAGGGGAUUUUCUACCGUGCUCCUUCUCCAUUUUGGAAGAUCAGCCCAUGGAUAUGCUGCUAGGCCUUGAUAUGCUGAAGAGACACCAGUGUUCUAUCGACCUAAAGAAAAAUGUCCUCCUUAUUGGGACAACGGGUACAGAGACACGCUUUCUACCUGAGGCAGAGCUGCCUGAAUGUGCUCGGCUAGCUUACGGGCCAGAGGGACGAGAAGAGCCCCGGCCUGAUGAGAUUGCAGAUCGAGAACUGGCUGAGGCAAUACAAAGAUCUGUACAGGACAGCGAUUUUGAAGAUGGAAAAACUACCUCACCACAAUCCCUGCCCUUUAAACCUCUCAACCAACCCACAUCUUCAGCCUCGAGUCAUCCCCACAAUCUCACACUAGACCGGUCCAGGUCUGCCCCAGCCUCUAUAAACCAAGGAGUGACCCCAAUUGAAAUUUCCACACCGAUUAAAUCUUCACCACUUCCACCAUUGGCUGCGGGUAAACCCUCUCCAGAAUCCCCUGAUGACACCAUCAGAUCUCAGUCCCAAGGACUGGCAGAUGCCACAUCAUCCAGCUUGCAGACAGAUGCAGAUGCUCCCAUCCCAAGCACUCUUCCCUCUCAGGAACCAUUCUCUAGUACUGUGCCCGAGGACAAUGAAGUGACCGGCAGCAUAGCUACAGGAGAUUACAGCAAUCCAAUGGACACCGUUUUGGGGAAGUCUAUUACUUCCUCAGGGACUGUAUCAACAGAAGCUCCUUUUAUUGUCUUUAACCCAAGCUCACAGACUCAGACACUGGAUCAGGAAAUGGACAUGGAUGUUUCUUACAAUGCAAAACCAGAAAUUGGCCAUGACUUGUCUGAUCAGUUUCAGAGUACCCAAGGUGAUGUAACUGAAGAUGUUUCACAGGCUCAAGUUCCAGAUUUGAACCUUGAACCCUGUUCUGUUGAGCCAGCCACUUCUUCUGUCUUUCCAGACCCUGAAAAGAGUGUAAUACCCUAUGAAAGAGACCAGUCAGAGGUGGAUAAUGUCCCUCCUCUGGCUCAAGCCCUUAAAGAACUCCAUAAACUUCUUAUGUCUAGUAGUUGGCCAACGGUUUCUGGAAGGAUUCCUCUAUCUCACCCUAAUGGUACAGCACCAAGUCUAGAUGUAGAUGAGCUGAAUCUGGAUCCUGAUGCAAGAAACCACACAACUCUGAACCCGACUGCUGACUCGUCUUCUAAUACUGCCACAACAGAUGACAAAGAGGAGGAAAGUGUUGCCAAAGCUGACUUGACUUCACGAUCAGUGAGGGAUUCUCCAGAUUUACACUCAAGCAAUUCAUGGCACACAGAGAACCAUCUUUCUAGACAGGCGGAUCCCAUAGUGGAACAAACCAUUCAGCACCCUCUUCCUGGUGGAAGUCAGGACCUUAAUUUUGAAGAAGGUUCAGUAUCGGUGACUUCUUCCCAAGGAGAUUGUGAACUCCCCGAGGAUCAGCAAGGGAAUGACAUUAUGGGUGAAAAAACCUCAGGCAUUGACAUCUCAGCUGACCCGUCUCAGCAGCACCCGCUUUCUGUAGCAGCUGGCCCAUCAACCAAUCCCAGCCUAGGGCCUGUUGCAUCUCCUCAAAGUCAAGCCCCUGAGAUGGAUCCUGUUUUUCUUGGAGACACCAUCCAGUCUGCUCCACAGCCCUCGAUGGGACAGUUUCCACUAGAGCACAUUCAUAGGAUCCAGGCAUCUGGGUUUUCAGCCCAUGAGGCUGCUGAGGCACUAGAACAGGCUCAAGGAAGCGUGGAGCUUGCCUUAUUGGUGCUGCUUGCACGAAACAUCACUGUGCCCACUUAGAAUUAACUCCUAUGGGUGGCAUCGGUUAACACAUUAGCCUUUUUUCCAUCAGUGGGUUUUCUUUUAGGAGUCCAGGUGUUUUUUUUUUUUUUUUACUUAUUGGUCUUUUUUUGGCCAAAAUACAAAAUGUUUAACGAACAGAUUUGUGAGAAGCUGGCUGUAUUUCACUUUCAACAGAAUGAUAAUAUCUGUGCAUUUUUUAUUAAGGUUUUGCAUGUUGCCUCAAUAGUUCGUAAUGGAUUGUUGAUUUUAUUGGUUUGGUUUGAAUAAAUUUGAUAAACAUUUUACAGGAAUGUGAAUAGUUUACUUGAGGUGGUGGGGCUCGGUAAUACAAUUCUUCAAAACUAGACCGGUUUCCUAUUAUCCAACAACUGCAUGGAUUUAGAUUGCAAAGAUUUGUGCCUGAUGUUGACUGACCUUAAACAGAAAUGAUGAAGCAUCUUACUAAAUACAUUUUGUGUAAAAGUAAUAGCAGCGGAUAGUAAACUGGUAAACCACCCAUUUCAGAAUCCCUUUCCAAAUUUGAGUUGGCAAUAAUGUUUAAGCUGAGGUAAUUUUCUCUUAAUUUUGUUUUGAUAGUUGCCAAUCCUGUAUGACUUGACAUGUUUUUAAUAGGUUGCCUUUGGAAAUUAUUAGCAGUAGACUUAAAUACCAUAACCUUUGUGUUCAUAGUCCAUCUUUGAGCAAGUAUGUUCUGUAUUAUAUAAAACAGUUCUGAAGGGGAAGGUAUAACAUACUUUUAUUAUCAGUAGUAUGUCUUUUACCAGAUGUUGUGGUAGUGUUUUAUAAUGUUUUCAUUUAAAUUAAAUUGACAGGAAAAAGGUGGUGCUAAUAAAGUAGUCUACAGGAGUUUUUUUUCCCCAUCCACCACUACACUUUGUUGGGAUGUCUGUUCUGUUUAUCUUAUUUGUUGUCUCUUGUCUAAACACUCAAUUUGGGUGUAAAGUCCUAAUGUACCCUUUUCAGCUGUCUGUGCAGUUUUGUCAUGUCUACCCUCUUGUUUAGUAAUCUCUGGGUCAUAUAUCAGUUGUUCAAUCAAUUCGAGAAACUGUUUCAUCUUGUAUACAGUUUAAAAACCAAAUAAAAUGAAAAAAAUGAUUCUUAUAU